AUGCUGGCUGGCAACACCAGACGUGCAGGGAGCAUAGGCGAUGGUGCUGGCAAGCUGAGUGACGCCAAGGGUGCUGGUGGCGGCGCCAGAGGUAGUUGGGGUGACAUCUCAACUGAAGGUGUCUUGGGCCAUGCAAGGGCAGGCGUGGGUAGAAGUGGAAGGGCUGGUGGUGGCACCCUAAGCACUAGCGAUGUGCUGGCCAACGACGCCCCAAACGUAGGCGGGGAAAACUUUGGCAUAGCUGGAAACGCCUUGGGCACUGCCGUAGGCAUGGUACUGGCUGUUGGUGCUGGUGGAGUGCUAAGUGACUUGGGCUCUGACGUGGAGAACAGUAGGUAGGUGCAUUGUGUAGCCCAUACAAUGUCCUGGGCUUUGCCAGAGAGGGGUAUCACAACGCUUUUUGGCUAGGUAAGAUAAAUCUACUCACCCACUUUAUUUAUUUCCUUGACAUUCUCUUGAUACUGACUCUUACUUUUGUUGUAAACCCCACCCUUUUAUCUUUAUAUAUGUAUGUAGGUUUAUGUAGCAAGUUAUUAUUUCUUUUGGAAAUAUUAAUAUGGAAAUUCGAGAAAAUAGUAAUUAAAACUUGGUUAGCUUGCAAAUGUAUGAAAUUGUUGUAAUAGAAUUUGUACCAACUAGGUUUGAUGUACAAAAGCAUGUUGAAUAAGCUUGGGUUGGAUUUGGAAGAGUUUUGAAUGGGUUUGAAAUGAAAAAUAGAGGAAAUAGACAAAUUUGGACAGGACCUACCGGUAGUACGCUGUUCAAUGGAUCCUAACUACCGGUAGUCAACAAGUAGUAAAUGUCCAACAGAUCCGAACUACCGGUAGUUAACAGAUAGUAAGUGGCUAGUGAAUCCGAACUAUCAGUAGUCAAUAGGUAGUAAAGGUCCAGAAGAUCUAAACUACCGGUAGCUCAACAGGUAGUA